UGAAGCAAAUAAGCAACAUGUAAGAUGUCAGAAAUGCUUGGAAUUUGGACAUUGGACUUAUGAAUGCACUGGGAAAAGAAAAUACCUACAUAGGCCCUCAAGAACAGCAGAACUAAAGAAAGCUUUAAAAGAAAAAGAAAAUAGAUUAUUAUUGCAGCAAAGCAUUGGAGAAACUAAUGUAGAAAGAAAGACCAAGAAAAAAAGGGCCAAGAGUGUAACUAGUUCCAGUAGCGACAGCAGUGACAGUUCAGCCAGCGACUCUUCAUCGGACAGUGAAGACAUUUCUACCUCCUCCUCCUCAGAGGACAGCGACUCCGAGGAGAGCUCGUCCAGCUCGUCGUCCUCUGCCUCCUCCUCAACCUCUUCCUCCUCCUCAGACUCGGACUGGGACUCCAGCUCUGUCAGCAGCAGCAGCAGCAGCAGCAGCAGCACAGAGAGCAGCUCUGAGGAGGAGCCCCUGAGGAAGAGGAAGAAGAAAUAGAGUUUCCCAUCCAUAUUGGACCAAUGAACCGAAAAUGCCAACGUGAUUCUCAGAAGAGAAUUUAGACAAUAUUAAAGCCAAAUGGAUUAAUUGUUCAGAAUUUCUAGAGUUCAAAAGUUUCUAAGUGUUUUACAUUGUAAAAGCAUAAAAAGCAUUAAUAAUGAGUUAUAUAUCUAUAUGAAGACUUUUAUUUUGGAAGUGAAUCUUUUUUUUUAAUCUUUAAAAGGUAUCUCUGGAAUUUAAAACUAAAAUCCAGCAAAUCUGUUUCUGUGAUGAAACUUAUUUUUUCUCCCUGUGAAGUGAAUGCCAUGCUUUGUUAUAUGUUAAUGGUAUGUAUUGGACAGGUUUUCAGGAUAAUUCCUCAGCAUAUCUGUAAGUGAGUUUCUAACAUUGUAUAGGAAUGUUAAACUGGUCAGCUGUGUUACUAUGUAAACUUAGAACAUUGUUACUAAAAACUUCGGAGUUUUCCUACUGUUAAUAAAUGUACUCUAUUUUUAUGUUAA